CGGCAACUCGAAUCAAUUUUGGCCAGCACAACUCUGCAGCUUCCACUCCUUUUCGCAUAUAUACCCCCGCUUUUUGUCUUGAGGUUCGGGAAAUAUGGCAUCCCUUCCACUCCCUCGUGUUGAGUCUUUGGUAGACUACACCUCCUUCAAACAUACGGUUCUACCUUACCUGGCCCAGCUGCAAUGGCUCCCCGCAAGCUUGCGCGAAGCUGGUCGGAAUGUUGAUAGCUUGAAGGAAGUAUACCUGGCCACCAACCCCAUGGUCUCCGCACUCGCACUGUGCUUAGUCUUGGCCGGAGUUUUCUUUUUGGCUGCAGAAAUCAACCGCAAUUUUUCGCAAGUGGAUCGCUUUUGGAGCAUCCUGCCCGCUGUCUAUAAUGUGCAUUUUGCCGCUUGGGCGCGUUUGGCUGGUAUUCGUACCCAGACCUUGGAUACUAUUGCCGUGAUCAGCAUAAUUUGGAGUAUUCGCUUGACCUUCAACUAUUGGCGCAAGGGCGGCUACACAGUUGGCUCCGAGGACUACCGCUGGGCGAUUGUGCGGUCGAAGGUGAACAACGAUUUCCUGUUCAGCAUCUUCAAUUUCACUUUCAUCGCCGCGACACAAUCACUCCUGCUUCUGCUCAUCACGGCCCCGACCUACACUUUCGUGAUCGCCGCAUACAACCAGAGCACCGAGGCCUUCGGUCUUGCCGACCUAGCCUUCUCCCGCGGUGCGCUCUUCUUGAUCAUCAUCGAGUACUUUGCCGAUCAGCAGCAGUGGAACUUCCACGCCGCGAAGCAUGAGUACCAGAAGACCGCGCGCAUCCCCGAACCCUACAAGGACGUCUACACCCCGGAGGAUCUUGAACGUGGCUUUGUGGUCAGCGGUCUCUGGUCCUGGUCGCGCCACCCCAACUUCGUUGCCGAGCAGGCUGUGUGGCUGACCAUGUACGCCUGGGCUGCCUACCGCACCCAGACCUACGUCUCAUGGAUCGGCCUUGGUGUUGUGGGCUACCUACUCAUCUUCCAGGGUAGCGUACGCCUGACCGAAGCGAUUAGUGCCGAAAAAUACCCCGAGUAUAGCGAGUACCAGGCUCGCGUGGGCAGAUUCAUUCCCCGUCUGUCUGUGGAAGCCAAGAAGUCCAAGCCCACUAGCAAGAAGGUUGCUGCCAGGAUCGAGGGAGCCGAGGCUACCGAGGAGACCGAGGCCAAGAAGAGCAAAUAAAGAGUAGUAUUUACGGGGUUGGUCUUAUGAAGGAGUAUUUAAGGGCUGGUUCUGAAAUUGUGCGCAUAUUGCGCUGUCUGCUAUAAAGGAAGGGACGUGUUUUCUUACCUGUUAUUUUGGGGUUUCUACAUAUCGCAAUUUAAUUCUCAAUCUCCAAUAGCUAUUCAAAAUAGCUCGAAAACUAAGAUUUUCG